AUGGCGGACCAGACCAAAACCGACGGCCUAACCCCCUCCCAACUCACCUUCUUCCUUGAAAACGGCUACCUCAUAAUCCCCCGCGCCCUCCCUCCCUCCACCGUCUCCCGUCUCCUCUCCACAACGCACACCCUUCUCUCAGACUUCGAUCUCUCGUCACACCCCUUGACCCGCUUCCGCACCGGCGGCGACACCGGCCAUGACCACGUCGGCGACGACUAUUUUCUUUCCUCCGGCGACAAGAUCCGCUUCUUCUUUGAAGAAGACGCCUUCGACAGCUCUGGAAACCUCAUCAAACCCAAGGACAAAGCGAUCAACAAAAUCGGUCAUUACCUGCACGGCUUGAACCCUGCGUUUGCCAGCCUGUUGGCUACUUCCCCUAAGGAUGAGAAGGGGUGGAUUGAAGACCUAAAGGCGCGCCCGGCGGCUGUUGCGAAAGAUCUCGGGUUCAAGGAUCCGCGGUGCUUGCAAAGUAUGGUCAUUUGCAAACAACCCGAGAUAGGCGGGGCGGUGCCUCCUCAUCAGGAUAGUACGUUUUUGUAUACCGAUCCGCCUAGCGCGGUAGGGUUCUGGUACGCGUUGGAGGAUGCCACGCUUGAGAAUGGAUGUUUAUCUUUCUUGCCGGGGUCGCAUCUGUGGGCGCCUAUUGAGAAGAGGCUGGUUAGGAAGAAUGGGGAGAAGGAAGGGACGGAGAUGGUGGAUAAUGAGGGCCCGAGGUUCCCGCCUGGUGAACAGUAUGGGGAGGAUAAGAAACCGGACGCGAUAAAAGGGAAGGAGGAAGAGGAGAAGGCGUAUGUGCCUGGGGAAGUGAAGGCGGGGGAUUUGGUGCUCAUUCAUGGCAAUAUUUUGCAUAGGAGUGAGAGGAACUUGAGCCAGAAGGGCAGGAUUAUCUAUACUUUCCAUGUUAUUGAGGGUGGGGAGGGGAGGGAGUAUGAUAAGCGGAAUUGGUUGCAGCCGCCCAAGGAGGGGUUUACUAGGUUGUAUGCUUAG